AUGUUGAGCUUGAAGAGACUACAAGCCCUCGCCGAGCGCUGUAGUGCAGCUGUAUUUCGCCAGCUACCAGCCCACCUGCAAGUUGCUUGCAAGUUCCAACUAUUGAGACCUCUCGCCAUUCUCGGUGGUCUUAUCGUUGUGCUGCGCUUCGCUGUGUCGCUCUCACAGCGGACGUCCCGAGGAAUCACUAGUUUGCAGCAUAUUGUUCGGCGACUGAAGACUGGCGAGAGGUCCGACGCAAGUGAAUAUGACAUAGUGAUUGUAGGCGGCGGCACGGCUGGCUGUGUGCUUGCUUCCCGCUUGUCUGAGAACCGGAAGCUACGUGUCUUGCUCAUUGAGGCCGGCGGCAGUUCUGCGCAUAACCCCUUUUCGCGUGUUCCAGCGUUUUAUCACAACCUCUACCAAACAGAGUGGGACUGGAACAUAUCCACCGUACCUCAAGAACACGCUGCCUCGAAACGCAAGUACUGGCCUAGAGGAAAGAUGCUAGGAGGGUGCUCGUCCAUGAAUGCCAUGGUCUUCCAUCAUGGCGCCCCUUCAGACUUCGACGAAUGGGCUUCAAUGCAGAAGGGCCAAGACGGUGCUUCCGACUGGAAACAUGAGAACUUCAGUAGAUACUUCCGGAAGUUCGAGAAGUUCCAUCCGAGCAAGGACUACUCACUGGUCGACGCCACCCUCCGUGGAUCAUCAGGGCCAGUGCACGUGGGCUACCAUGGUCAUGUCUCAGAUACCACGAAGUGCUUCCUUGAGGCCUGCCACAAUGCUGGAAUGGAGCGUAAUCCGGACCUCAACACAGAAAAGGGUACCCUCGGGUCAAGCAAAGUGCUGACCUUCAUCGACUCUCAAUGCCGACGUGUGACGACAGAGUCUGCGUACCUUACCCCGGAAGUGCUUACGCGCCCGAACCUCGUCAUCGCGACUUACGCGCAGGUGACGCGCAUCCUGUUUCAAACGACUGAAGGUCAAGCUCCGAGAGCAGUGGGUGUGAAGUUCAAGGAUAGGACGGGAGAGUUAUUUGAGGUGAGGGCGAAGGAGGUAGUGAUAUCAGCCGGGGCCAUACAUACACCUCAAAUCCUCAUGCUUUCCGGAAUCGGUCCAGCGGACCACCUGUCCUCAUUCAGCAUCCCGGUGCUCGUUGACAACCCAGGCGUCGGCGCUCACCUCAUGGACCAUCCCGUCAUCGAUUUCCACUUCCGCGAUAAGACCAAGUCCCGUAUGUCGGCUCUGUCGUAUAACCCUGCCAAGUUUGGGAAAAUGGACCCAGCGCGUAUCGUUAAGGGGUUGGCGUACUUCGCAGAGUACAAGUUUUGCGGGACGGGUCCGCUUACAUCGAAUGCGCGUCAAGUCCUUGAAGCCGCCGCGUUCGCACGUUCCUCCGACGCCUCCCUCUUCGCUAAGGCUGGUGUCGCUCUGCCCACGCAGGACAAUCUGGAAGACUCUACGUCGGGACCAGAUGCGCCGGAUAUCGAAAUAUUCUUCACGCCGGUGUCGUACAUCGAGCAUGUGCGGGUCUCGCUCCCACCAGGACAUCACGUUGAUCUCCAUGCCGUCCUACUAAGGCCAACAAGCACGGGCACUGUGAGAUUGCAGUCAGCGAACCCGUCUGACGCGCCAGUCAUUGACCCUAAGUACCUCGCCACGCAACACGACAUCACCGUCCUCGUCCGUGCGACCCGCCUCGUCUCGCACAUAAUCAACACACCUCCAUUCUCGUCCUCGGUUCUCGACCCCUCCGGCUCCGCCGACGCCACGGGCCUGCUCAACCAUAACCUCGCACAACAGUCGGACGCAGAGUUCGAGGCAAUCAUCCGCGACCGCGUCGAGACGCUGUACCAUCCGACAUCUACCGCUCGGAUGGCCCCAAGGGAGGACGGCGGCGUGGUCGACCCGCUCCUGCGGGUGCAUGGCGUCGAGGGGCUGAGGGUGUGCGAUGCGAGCGUGUUCCCAACUAUCACGAGCGGGCAUACGGCCUCACCGACAAUUGCACUUGCAGAGCGAGCUGCCGAUAUCAUUCUGGAGGCAUAUAGAGAAUGA